GCGAUGCCAAUGGCGUAUGACUCGCUGCAUUUGUAUGUCACGCUGGAGAAGCCGGCGAUGGAGGCACUGCGCAGCGACAAAGAGUGGUGCCGGAUGUGCUCUGUUGUCAGCGAAUUCUGACCUGCUUUGCGAUUCCGGAAAAGGCAUGCAAUCCGGAAGCGGAAUGACGACAUUGAGGGUAGUUUUGGAUAUUAGUCAGACUGAGCUAGUAUCGGAAACCCCUUCCGCGGGUUCAGACUUUUUUGCUCUUUCACUCUCUCACAAACUCUCUUUUCCUUUUCACAACAUUAAAUUGCCUGACAAAUUAGCAUAAUGACAGUUCCACUCGUCGCCAAGCAGCUGACCGGAGACGCGGUCGCUGCCGUGGCUGCCAUUACCACUUCCAAGCCCACGAUGGCGCUGGGCACGCCCUGGGAGAACAACAAGCCGCUGUGGGUGUUUGGCUACGGCUCCAUCAUCCACAAGGUCGACUUUCCGGUAGAGGCCAGCGUCUUUGGGUUCAUCCGCGGCCGCAAGCGCGCGUUCCUGCAGGACUCGCACGACCACCGCGGCACCGAGGAGAACCCUGGCCGUGUCUGCACGCUAAUUCCCGUGGCCGAGUGGAACCGGAUGUUCAGGCAGUCGGUGGACCCGCACAGCUCCGUGUGCUGGGGCGUCGCGUACAAGGUGCAGAGCGGCAAGGAGGCCGAGGUCAAGAAGCACCUAGAUUACCGGGAGAAGGACGGAUACACCAUCGAUUUUGUCGAUGUGUUUGAGGAGGAGGGCAUGCCACCGGUGCUGGGCAAUGUCAUGGUGUAUGUUGGCGUCAGCGAUAACCCAUCGUUUGCCGGUGCAUCGUCGAUGGAGGAGACGGCCGCGAUUAUUGCCAAAGCUGAGGGCCCGUCAGGCACCAACAGAGAGUAUCUGUUCAGGCUGUGCAAUGCACUGCGUGAGCGCAGGGAUGAUGCACUGGAUCCAUAUCUGAGGGAGCUGGAGGAGCGGGUCAAGGAGCUGGCAGCGGCUUCAUAGGAAGAUUGCUGGCUGUAGAAAACAAUUGGUAGUAGAAUUUCAAAAAGGAUAGAGUAAAAAACGGAAGGGUAAAA